UGUUAAAAUGCCAGAUAUUUCACCAGAAGAAGAUCUCACCAAGGAAAGGCAGUCCCUCGUCGGAUUGAAAUUUCUUGAAGCCAUUUGGUGCCUGAUCUGCUUCUCGAUCCAGGUGGAUGGCCUGCUGGACAAAAGGGAACCCUUUCCGCACGAGUACCCGGUGGUCAUUUCGUACGCCUUGUUCACGUUAAUUCCACUCAGCUCGGCCCUGGUCCAGGUCGGCUGCACCGAACUAGCCCCGCGCUACCGGACCGAAGCCGCCGUGUCCGUAGUCGCCUUCCUGGUGCUGCUGGCGUGUGGCUUCCGGGCCAUGUACAACGUCGAAGUGGACAUCCACAUGCGGUACCUGAACGACCGGGAAGAGGCCAAGCACACGUUCUUCGUGCGCAGCCGGUUACAGAGUAUCUUUUCGAUUCAGGCCGCCGGAUUGUUCCUGGUGCACGGAGUCUUUAUGCUGGACCUGCUGGGCGUGCUGGACAGGGGGGCGGUUUCGGUGGCAGUGGUGGACCAGAGUGACCAAAAGUUACGGCUGACUCCGUUUUGGCUUCCGGUAUGGCACUGGGGGACUGGGAGUUGUCGUCAACGGGGUUGACGGGCCAAGAUGAAUGCUACUUUUUACGAGAAUAAAUUUUUAAACGUGGAGUUUGCAAGUGUAUUGCACUCGUAAGAAACACAAACUAAUUAUAAAACUAAUUUGCAUAAUUUAGAUUUUAUGUUGCUU